AUGUUUGUCAUCCUAAGCCUGGAAGCUCUUCACCCUGGAAACCCCAUAGCCACCAAGUUCUCCGGUCCGAUCGCCCCGAUGCCGCCUGUAAUCUCACGUUAUCGACUGAAUUUGAUCUUGGCCCUCCACAAUUUCCGAUCUCAAAGUGACACCUGGGAGGAUCUCGUUAUAUUGCACAGAUCCCCCCCAGCCGUCAUGCUUCAUGAUGCCAUUGACUCCAUCUCUUUGCCCUCCAUGGAUUCCAAUCCCGUCCUGGUGCCUGCAUGGCCUCUUACGCCUCCCGAUCCUUCGAUUCCCCCGCCUUGCACGAUGACAGACGUGUCCUCAGUUGUCACUGCCAUUCAUGUGAUGUCCACCGAGCGCGCUGCCCUCGCGCAUCUUGAACGUCUCUACCAGACAGAUGCGCGGGCGCAGCAGGACCUUGCUCGAGCGGUGGAGUUGAUUGCGCGCAGUGUGCGCGACGCAGGCAAGUUGGUGAUCUGCGGCGUGGGAAAGAGUGGGAAGAUCGGUCGCAAGAUUGAGGCGACUAUGAAUAGUCUGGGUAUCUACAGUGCGUUCCUGCAUCCGACUGAAGCUUUGCAUGGAGAUUUGGGAUUGGUGAGACCGAAUGACACUAUGCUCCUCAUCUCGUUCUCUGGUCGCUCUCCUGAGCUUCUCACCCUGCUUCCGUAUAUUCCUGUUUCCGUCCCGAUUAUCGCUCUGACAUCGCACAUGCAACCUGAGGCGUGCCCUUUACUGUCCUGCCGUGCUCCUUCCGGGGUGGGAGUACUACUCCCAGCUCCUAUUCACGAAGAAGAGGAAGCCUCGCUGGGUGUUAGUGCCCCGACCUCAUCCACAACUGUCGCGCUAUGCCUAGGUGACGCUCUAGCCAUCGCUACAGCGCGGAUGCUACACACGGCGCCAGGAAAAGGCCCCGCCGAUGUAUUCAAAAGCCAUCAUCCUGGUGGUGCCAUCGGUGCCGCAGCUGCAGGGACACCAUCCACUACACCAUCAAGUGGUGUUUCCACAACAUCUGACUCACCCUCCUCGUCCAUUUCUCUGCCAUGGGAAGAUCUCAAUGACAACUCAUCAAUUCCUCCCUUCACAUUGCAACCACCUCCGGAGCAACGGCGGGUCCCAAUGGACAUGCUUGUUCCUCUUGAUCAGAUUCCCAUUGCCUCGACAUCUCCAUCACAAAACUGUAGCGACUUGCGAUUACUCGAUCUCCUUCUCACAGCGAUUCAGCACCCUAAUGCCAAGUCAUGGGUAUUCUUAUCCCCAUCCGAGAUUGUUCCUCCACGCCGAAUACGCUCUCUGCUCUCGAAACAUGCUGAUGUGGACAUGCGAGUUUCUGAUGCAGUAGCAAAAGUCCCUCACUCUAUCUCGCUCGCUGAGUUGCGGCGUCUUGUGUCCACAUCCCGAACCAGGGUCGACUUGGUAUCGGUCAUUGCCUUUUUGAAGGACCCUGCAGACCCUGACAGUUGCAUUGGUGUAAUGGAGGUGGAAGAUUUAAUGGGGUGA